GGCAUGUGAGCUGUUCUGAAACAGUUUUGUAGAAAAUUCUGACAACAACAUCAUAAAUGUGUGUGUUAAAACAUCGAAAAGAAACAUUUUUAAAAAACAAUGAGUGACCCAGAUGAGAAGAAGGAAACCUUCAGUGAUACUGACUCUGCUAUAUAUGCCAUUGCACCAAAAUUAUCCCAAGAAGAAGGGCAAGUAGAUGUAUCGUCAAGUCCAGCUUUUCAGUGUUUGGAUGAUCUAUUUCGUCAAGGGAAAUUGGAUGGCGAGAAAUUAGCGAGGUUGAAGUCUAUGUACACAGCCCAUCAUGACCUGCUCCAGACGACUAGAGAGUCAGAAAGUGCUUUGUUGGGCAAAGCCAAAGAUUUACAUCAGGAGGUUCAGAAACAAAGAGCUGAACUUGAGAAGGCUGACAACUUUCCUGAAGGUGAUGUAACAGAAGUCAGCAGAGUAAGGCAGGAUCUUUUGAAGCAUUCUAAUGAACUUGCACAAGCAGAUGAAAGACAAUACCAGCUCGAUUUCAUUUUGGGUGGAUUGAAAGAGGAAAAGACCAUGUUAGAGAGAGAGUAUGCUCGCAUGCCCAAGGAGGAGGAAAUUGAGAAAGAAGUGAAGGAAAUCAAAAAGUUCAAUGAAGAUAUAAAACUGGAAGUGGCGAAAAGGAAUCAGGAAGCCAAGACUUUGAAGGAGGAACUGGAAACAAGGGAUCGUGAAGUGAAACAACUUCAAAGCGAAUAUGAGAAAAGUUCUUACGAAGAACAGAAUUUUAAAUCUCAACUGUUGGAAGUUCACUCUCAACCUGCUCAUUUGAUGAAACAGGUUGACCUCAUGUCAAGACAGCUGAAAGAAUUUGACGAUAAAAGAAAAUCCUUUGAAUCAAGCAUUGCUGAUGUGAAUAAGGAGCUGCAGUUAUUGGAAAAUAGAAGACAAAAUUUGGAUGAUGAAAAAAUGGAGUUGUCUAUUUCCCUUGACAGACAACGUCAUACAAAUGAAUCAAAGGAACGAGAUGUGGACAUGUUUUUGAAAGAUCUGGAGUUUUCCAAAGAAAAACAGGCUGAACUGAUUGGUGAUCGAGCUACGGUUGAUAUCAACCUCAAACAUAUUUCGCUGGAGAGGAAGACGGAACAUGAUAUCCAUUGCAGGAAAUUAAGGGAAAAAGACAGAGAUCUCAAGAAUCUUAAGAAAGGUGAACUUCAGUUGAAAGUUGCAACCGAUGCUUUAGAACAGGUGAAACUGGUGUUUGCAAAGGUGAAAUCACAACUGGACACUGCUCCAAAAGACGAUGGAACGUUGUUUCAAAAGCGAAAAGAGUUACAGAAAGAAGUGGAUCUAGCCAAGAAAACGUUGGCACAGCAGAACGGGUAUACGUCACAUGAACGAGCCAGGGUUGAACAAAUGAUUUUGGAACAGGAAAAUCUUCUUCGCGAUCAGUCCAAUCUACGUCUGGACGUUGUAGAUCUCAAAAGACUCGCAGCGAUAAAGGCUGACGAGAGGGAAAGCAAAGCACGAGAUUUUGUAAGAGCUGAGUUGAGGUACCAAAGAGCCCAAGAAGAUGUUAAGACUAAAAAUCUCCACAUUCAGGACAGCGCCAAGAAGUAUUCUGAAAUGCAACACAAACUUUCAGAUUUUGCUAAACUCUACGAUGUAAUAAAAAAUGAAAGAAACAAGUGCGUUAACCUUAUCCAGACUAGCACGCAGAGGGCGUCUGAAAUGCGUGAGAAAAUUAAGAUAUUGCAAAAUGAAAUUGAAAUAUUAAGAUCAAAAGUUAAUUCUAAAGAUAGGUCAUUGCAAAAGUCUCACUUGAAAAAGAACAACGCAAUAGCAAUCAGAGAUAGUUUAAGAAAUGAAGUCAGCAAACAGGCUCGAAUUGGGGAGGAAAACAGGGAGAAACGUGAUCAAAAGCGAAUGGACAUUGCAAAAUUAAACGAUUUAAUCAAUAAAGCCGAAGAAAACAUGGUCCAGCUACGAAAACGCUACGAACAUUCUAUUCAACAGAGAAACGAUAGGGGAAUUAAGCUCAUUGAACGAAAUGAGGAAGUUUGUGUUUUCUACGAAAAGCUCAACGUACAAGAAACCUUGCUGCGGAAUGGUGACAUGGAACUUCGAACAAGACAGGAAGAGAUUAGGAUUCUUGAAUUGGAGGUGGCGGAACUGAAACGUUUAAUUGCUGUGGCAAAAAAGACGCUGCCGAAAAAGAGAUUCUUAGACGACGAGCUGGUUACAGCUCAAAUUCAGCUGCUUCUUUGUCGAGAUCAUUUGCUGGAUUUAGAAAAACAACUUGAGACUCCAUCAGAAGAUGGUAGAAUAAGAGUGCUGAAGGGUGAUGAUCCCAAACCAGAUGAACUGACUGCAAAAGUUGAAGAGUUGGAAUUGCGGCUUGCUGAAAAAGAAGAGAAACUGCUGGAGAAAGAUUUGAUAUUUGAGGAAGUAAAUAGAUUAUCAGAAAGGACUAAGAAGAGGGCAGAGACGGGGAAAGAAGAUACAUUAAGUCUCGCUAAAAAGGUGAACGAGUUUCAAGCGAAGAUUAAAGCUACAACAAGAAAAAUGAUGGCGUUGGUCUCUGAACUGUCUAUGAAUCAGGCAAAUGCGUUGAAAUUGCAACAAGAGGUAAAAGAAAAAGAAGCAUUGCUUGAACAAUGCUACAUAAGAAUGGAGGCAGGAGAAGCGCCGGACGAGGACGCGGAAAAAACAUGGAUGAAAAUGUUGCGGGAUGAACAGAGGAAGAAACAGGAAAAGAUUCAACGCGCUGAGGUUGAAGCACUCCAGGAACAGUACAAGAUCGCGGGUGACGUGUACACAACAGCAGAGCCUCGUCCUAAUGCGUAUAUUCCCGACGAUGACGUGGAACUGCCAAUUCCUCGGCCUUAUGGCGCUCUCGCGCCGUUCAAACCCACAGAACCAGGCUCGUCUAUGAGACAUGUUAGAAAACCAGUUAUAAAACCUAUCGAAAUUUAAUCUUUGUUAUUCGAUAAAUAUUUAAAGCUGUAUGUAAAUGUAAAUUGUGUACAAUAUUAUAUAAUAUACCUAAUAGACAAAGCAUAGCAUAUUCCUCGCAGAGUGGGCCGUCGGGCGAGGUUUAAAGCCGCGUUUACACUAGAGGCCUAGAUCUGGCCUGGAUCAGGUCUUGGACAAGUCUUGGUAAUAUGUGCCAGGUCCACACUGUCUUUCUUGCUGAUGGUAUCCGAUAGCCAAUAUAAUUGACAAAAUACUUGUAUGGAUUCUGUACAGCUUAUACUUUUAAGUUGAAAAUUGGUGAUAGGACUAGUUCGGCGUUCACAUGCAUGCAUUACAAAAAUCAUGUUCCAGGUCAGGUCCAGGCCACCUUUUCUGUUGGCCUGGAUUUCGUGGCGUAUAGACCAGAUCUAAGCCUGGUUUAGGCCGGAUAAACACACCUAGGCCUAGAACUGGUCCAGACCAGGUCGAAGCAUGUAGCUACUACACGGCUUAUAAGACCCUAACCCAACAAGGUUGCAGUCCCGUUGCACACAUUCUAGUCUAGCCA